UCGUCAGAUCAUGCGCGCGCUUCUGUGCUGCAGCGCUGUAUACUGCAACAUGUCGUCAAGGUUACCGAAUAAAGCUUACCGCCUGUGUCUGUGUCUCCUGAAGAGCAGGGGGAAAUGUCCUCAGCGUGUGUCCUUCUCUGUAGUGAAGACGGAAGAAAUAAAGGCGAGAAGUGGAUUUUAUAGCACUAACUCUUCAAGGCCAGUGUUUGAUUCAGCUGCCUUGUGGGCCACCAGAGCUUGGCAUCAGAACAUUCAAAGGAGAGGGCUUCACUUGACCGAUCCCCUCGCAGAAGAAAACAGGGAGCUUCCAGAAACCAUCUAUGAGAAGCUGGCUGAUGAGACUCUGGACGCACUAGCAGAAUAUUUUGAGGAUCUCACUGACGAGAGCUUCACAGGGCCUGACUAUGACGUGGUGUUUUCUAGUGGUGUCUUGACUGUGAAAGUAGGAGGUGACCAUGGCACUUACGUCAUCAACAAACAAACACCCAACAGACAGAUUUGGCUCUCCUCUCCUACAAGUGGACCGAAACGUUACGAUUGGACCGGAGAGCGUUGGGUGUACACACAUGAUGGUAUGGCCUUACACGAUCUUCUCUCUAAAGAGUUUUCCGCCAUCUUUCGAUCAAACAUGGACCUGUCACAUCUCCAACACUCCUAAAAAAAGAAAUGCAGUAUGAAGAACCUUUGAAAUGUGACCCAACUUUAGGAACUGAAUUGAUAAUGUCGGACAGACAGAUGUAAUGCUGGACAUUACUUGUCCUUGGGAUCAGAAAUAUUUUGUUGACUGUCUUCAAAAGAAAGAGCACUCCUUCUUAUUAUAUUUUGUUUGACUUAGAGCUUAUGGGAAUACAAAUCAGUGCAUUUACUAUACCUGUUUUUAUUAAACUACUGUGGCCAAAUUACAAUUCAUAUCAUGUGGAUUUAGUCUGAACGUGUUCAUUCAGUAAUAGUUCUAUUUUAGUCAUCAAACCCUUCACGUGCCGCUCUCCACUCAACACUCGUUCAUCACAGGGUCGAGAGUGCUCUCUCAAUCCCUGCCAGUGAUUCCGCUUGGGUUACAUUCGGCUUUAAAAGGUUAUUUAGAACGCUGCACCAGCAACAAAGGAGACAAAAGGGCACUCUUUGUCAUUUGGGGCUUUUAAGUCACUGGCAGUAAUUUAGAGAUCUGAAGAUAGUUAGACGUCAGCCAGGGGAGUGGGCACUGGAGACAGGAAGAGGGAGGGGAUUAUAAAAAUAAAAAAAAAAGUUUUCAGAUUGAGUAUAGACUCUCUUGAAUCUGCAUUAGACUCUGUAGGCAUUUAUUUGGUUCAUGUUUGAAGUGUGGGAUAUUUAGUCAUCAUUGUGGUACGUACUGUACUUAAGUAAGGUAAUGAAGCUGUAAUUAAUUGAUCAGUAAUAAUAAGCAAUAAAUUUCAGGGUGUGUGCUAGUCAAUAGUUACCCAUGUUACACUUGAAGCUGAGCCAUCAUCAUUUUUUAUUUUUUAUUUUUAUGUUAGGUUUAUUUGUUUACACUGUAUGUUGCUGAGAAAUAUCUGCUCAUGAUGAAUAAAAUAUAGGAUUAUUAAUUCCUGUAAAGCGUU